UUUGCAGAUUAAAAUAAAGUUCCGUGAGAAAUAUGUCCGAAUUAAAUGCCACGCAAAUGGCUCGUCGGCGGUUCCUAACGAUGGCAAUAUCUUCUCAGCUGGAAGAAGCUGGAUUCACAACUGCGGAGAAGGAUGCAUUGGAAACAUUGACAGAAAUGAUGCAGAGUUUUUUGGUUGAACUGGGUCACUCGGCACGAAACUAUUGUGAACUCGCGGGACGCACGCAGCCGGUGAUCGGAGACGUGGUGGUAGCGCUUAUCAACAUGGGCAUGUCCGUACGAGGUUUGGACAAGUUUGCCAAACGCGAAGGUCGUCACAUUCUUCCGCAACCUCAACAAGCACAGGCACAAAAGCAGCAGUCCAUACUUCAGGCUGGUCAAAAGAAAUCCCAUCCUUCGCACAUUCCGAACUACCUUCCUCCGUUUCCCGAUCCACAUGCAUACAUUCGAACACCGACUCACAAACAACCGGUUACCGAGUAUGAGGCGAUAAGGGAAAAGGCAGCAACCCAGAAACGAGAUGUCGAAAAAGCUCUUACGAAAUUCCUUGCCAAGACGAGUGAAAUCGAUUCUCUUUUCGACAAUGAGGAUAAUCCAAUGUUCCCACUUAUUGCAUGCAAACCCUCGUUUCCUCCUUACCUGCAUGCCCUGAACCCUAAUGACCAAGUAUUUGAUUUCGAAGAGCUCGAAUACUACUAUCAAGUAGCGAACCGCAAGGAAGACUUAACCGAGACGAAAGAAGAAGCAGACGACGAUGACGAUGACGACGAUGAGGUUGAUGGCGGCACAAAAAAAGAGGAAAAAGAUUCCAUAGAAAUGAAACACGAGGUGGAAGACGCUACCUCACCGACCACGGGGAAAACUAACGCGGAAAGUGGUGCCAGUAGCAGCACUACUAAUGCGACGAGCAUGACCACUGGACAGAUAAAUCUAACCAACAAUAGUCCCUCCAUAGACAAUCCGUAUCUAAGAGCAGCAACUAUUCCCCGCAAGGUUAAAAAUGAUUCAAUGUUUUGAACAAAAAUCUUUUUUUAAAUAAAAAAAAUCCGUGAGUUUUAUACUUUCUUUCGAAAACAAA